AUGUCGAGUCCCCGAGCCAAGCGCCAAUUCGCCGGCGCAGCAGCCGAUCCCGCCCAGCGCCAAAUCACCUCCUUCUUCACCGGAUACCCCAACAACACCAGCAAUCCCGCAGCUACCCAGCCCGCGCUGCGGCCCGAAUUGCCCGCCAACGUCCAGGCGAACCUCCUCAGCGUCGGCAUGCGGGUGCGCAAGUCCGUGCCUGAAGGCUACAAGACCAUCGACCUCGCCAAAGCCAGCUCUUCCCCGAACGGCGUUGCGAUCAAGGAUUUGCGGCGGUCGGCGGUAAUGGCAAAGCAAGUCUCGAACGAGCUGCUGCCGUUCUGCGGAAUCAACAAGGUUGGCGGGAUGGAUACCCAGCCUGCAUCUCAUUUCAUGGAUGAGGAUGUCCCUGCUCUGGACAACAUUCCCGAGCUCACCAUGUCGCAAGAGAGCAUGGACAGCGUCGUUGAUAGCGAAUCGUCUCGAAAGCGAGCCUUCUAUGAUGAAAAUCAGUGGGAGAUCGAGGGAGCCGAGGCAGAUUACCGACAGUUCCAUUGGGACGACAGCAGGCCAAUUGCUGUCCCGCACUCUCGAAUCAAGAAGGCGCUUGCGCCCAGGGAUUUAGAAGAGAAAAAGAUGGCCGUGGAUGGCAAUGAGGAUGAAGAUUUUCCAGAUGCCGAUUUCUUGGUCUAA